AUGACGAAGCAGCACGAUGACCGCGACCGCGAGGUCACUGACCCCGUCACCCACCUCCCUGUACGAAUCCACGAUGCAACCGACGUCGAGCUAGAACGAAUUCCGCCGCCGCCUUCUCUCACAGAAGAUAGAAAGGAGAAGCAGCGAAGAGACAUACGCCUCCCGCGACUUGAAGAGAAGACGUUGGGAGACAUAGUCAACGAGAUGACGGAGAACGACAACUUCUGGUGGGAUGAUCCUCUGGGUGACCAGAACCGUACCAGGGUUCAGACGGCCAUCAUUGCAGCAGCAGCAGCAGGCUUUGGUGGCUUGGCUGGUCUCUUCGUUUAUCGCUUCCUUGGUCUGCUGUUUGGCCAUGCGGGCUUUCUUGUGCAUACGUUUUCUGCGAUAGUUGGAUCCACCCUUUUGGCCGUCGCUGUCGGGUGUUGCGCCCUUUCAUUCCACACGCUGCAAGACAAGAAGCCUCGCAGGCCUGAUAAGGCUAGCAAACACCCAAAAGCAGACCCUUUUCACUCUAUCCACGCCUUUGGAAAGAGCAAAGGUUUCUCCAGCCACCCUGAUUCCGACCCCGAAUCAGCUAUUUGGCUCAAUGGUUUCCUUAAAUCAGUUUGGCCCCUCAUCAACCCCGGCCUCUUCACUGCUGUGUGCGAUAUGCUCGAGGACUCUCUGCAGGCCUCUUUGCCCGCCAUGAUCCAUGGUGUCAAAGUCGCCGAGCUGGGUCAAGGUUCCGAACCCGUUCGUAUCCUCGGCAUUCGCUGUCUCGACAAGGGCGCAGCAGCCACUGCUACCGGAGAUGGAAUGGAAGGGGAAGAAGGAGAUUUCGUGAACAUGGAAGUGGCCGUUGGAUAUCGAGCGAAGGACACUAGUGGUCUAAAAGGUCUCCGAGCACGCGCUGCCAAUCUUCAUAUCCUGAUGGAAUUCUGGUUGUCUGGAGGAGGCCUUAAACUCCCUGUGUGGGUCGAGUUGGAAGGAUUGCUGGCCAUCGCGAGGUUCCGCAUUCAGCUCAUGUCAACACCCCCAUUCCUCUCCCUCAUGACCAUGACACUACUCGGUCAGCCCAAGUUGAAGAUGAAAUGUACCCCUUUGAAGAGGGGGCUCCUCAACGUCAUGGAUAUCCCGGGGUUGAGCGGAUGGUUGCAAAGUACGAUCGACGCGACUAUCAAGGACAUGUUGGUGGCUCCACGAAGUAUGAACGUGGACCUCAAGGCCAGUUUGAUGGGGGAGAUGGAAAAGGACACAGCGGCGAUCGGUGUUCUUGUGGUCACCGUCAGGAAGGCGAUAUUGAAGUUCAACGGUAACGAGAAGCACGAUGCCUAUGUCACGGUCGGGUGGAGCAAGCUGGGCAAGCCAAUGUGGUCCACAAGAAUCAUAUCGGACUCGAUUGUGCCGGUCUGGGAAGAAACGACUUUCUUACUGGUGGGGUCCAACGAAGUUGACAUUCAAGAGGGAUUGAGACUACAGGUGUGGGACUCUGACCGCUUCACGGCAGACGACCUGAUGGGAAAUGUCGAUGUCCCUCUACAUGACAUAAUGCACAAUCAUGCAACCCGAAACCACGUCUCAAGACGAGAAGACCACCUCGUUACAGACAAAGGCCAACCUACCAAGGGAGACUGCAGGAUUUUGUGGGAAUGUGGAUACUACGAGAAGACAUCUUUGGACGACUACCGCAGCGAGGAAGCGAUUGAACGAAUCCGGUCGGAUGUCCACAGGAAGGCGGAGGCCAAACUCAGGGAAGCUAUUGGGGCGGUCGAUAUCGAACAUGAACAACAAGAAGAAUCGGAGGACAAGGAUAUAUUGAUGGAGGAAAUCGAGCAGCAGAAGGAGGAGGAUAUGAAGGCUAGAAGCGACGAAUCGUGGGAUUGGAGGUGCAGAACAUUAGGAAGAGUGGUGUCAAAGGCGUUGAAGACCAGCCGGGUGAUGCAUGUGGGGACCAGGACAACUUGCCUUGCGCAUACUGCGUCUGUUAUCAUCCAUCAACGCAAGGUAUAUCAGACAAGGACCAAGAUGAAAGACGACAACCCAUACUUUGGUGCAAGCACCGAAAAGUUCAUUCGUGACUGGCGAACAACUACUGUCAUCAUCGCCGUUCGCGACAAUCGCCAACAUGAAAAUGAUCCUUUAUUGGGCGUCGUUGUCCUUCCACUCCGAGACCUGUUCAGACGAAACCACUCCUCGAUGUUUGUCCAGACUGUACCCAUCACAGGAGGCAUUGGGUAUGGUAAAAUGAAACUGGCGCUGCUGUUCAGAAGCGUCAGGCUCCCAUUGCCCAAGCGGUUACGAGGGUGGGAUGUUGGAACUGUCGAGGUGUAUUCGGGUGCCAAGGUGGAGAUGAAGCAGGGCCAGGGUGGCGGGAAGGUGCUGGAGGGCUGCAAGAUGACAUUUAGAAUCGGCGCAGGGGAAGGGGCAAACGUGGGCAACAGCAAAGGCAAGAUGGUCCCUCUGCACGAAAGCGACAAAGGUCACCAUCGACAUCUCCACUAUCACCACGAGGGCGAGGUCGAAUGGAUCUCCAGGUCCAAUAGGCCGGUCCGCCUUCCUGUCAAGAACCGCUACGCAUCAUCUGUCCUCGUCGAGUUCAAGAAGAGCACCACCACCGUCGACCAGACCAUGGCUUUUGGGACUGUUUGGCUGAAGGACGUCCCAGACGACGAGGAGGUGGACCUUGUUGUUCCGAUCUACAGUUAUCGCCUGCGGAGUGGGAGCAUGUCGAGCGAAAAGCAGGGCGUGAAAUACGCCAAGAUGAACGCGGCGGCACCGAAGGACUCGAGGGUGAAAGGCGGGCAAAACCUUAACCUGGAGGAAGAGGGAAGCGUCACGUACGAAGGAGACGGUGGAGAAAGUAUCGGUCAUGUCAGAUUGCGUCUGUGCUUCCACUCGGGCUUGAGUGGGUAUCAUAAGAGCUUAUCUGGAAAGGACAAGGCCAUGGUAGACGUCAUGCAGGUUCUGGACUGUGUCAUGGCUUCUCCUCAUGGUGCAGGAGCAGCUGCCCAGGGUGUUGGCGAUCGCGGCUCGAUGUCAGUUGCCAGCUCCAUCAGCGAUAGCGAAGGUUCCAGUGAAGACGAUGACGAGUAUAUCGAACGCCAUUCUAUGGGGUCGGUGGUGGACGCGGAGUCGACCACGUCAGGAAAGUCCAAGUCCGGUAUUGUCGAGAACUUUAAGCAGUUCAAGAAGCACCAAGGAGAUCUGAAUAGGAGGCACCGAGGCUUGAUGCAGUGGAAGGCAGCGCGGAAUGUGGCAUGGAUUGGGAAAACUGUCGAAGAGAAGUCGAGCGCCGUGGGUGGGAGGAUACUCAGACCUUUCGUGGGGCAUAGGGAACGGCAGAUUGGGAUCGAUACUGAGGUAUAG